AAUUUUACUAGUCAUGGUAUGAUCUGAUGCACAAUAUUAAUCUACUACUAAGUCAGUUGUCUCUCAAAACUAAAAGGAUCGGUGGAACUUCGAAUCAAACGUAUUUUGAUCGGUCGAGAUGAAUAAUAUGUUAUACAUAGACAAGUUAAUAUAAAAUAUCCAUAUUUUUUAAUGCCAUAGUUUUUUUCCCAAAAAAGAAGAAUAAUUUGGGUUCAAUCAUUUGGAGACUCAAUACCAACCAUAUAUUCCAACUUCCCAAACUUCCCCAAAGGGCCAAUUAUUAAAAGCUUAAAUGUGGGGGCAGUUUGGCUUUGGCUUCGCUGUCUUUCAUUGGGAUAUUCUAUCAAUCCACCCAUAAGAGAAAACAAUCAAUGUAUGUCCAGAUGGAUGGAUGGAUAGGUAAGGAAAAUGGAGCACUUAAUUACUCUCUGAUCACUCCGGGAUUGAAGCAAGUUGUGGAAUUAUUAUGGGGAGAGAAGAAACUUGACAAUGCAAGCUUUGCUAUAGACAGCAGCAGCAGCAGUUGUGUGCGUGUCUAGAGCUUGCCCUCUCCUUGUAGGCCUUAGGAUUAGCAGGAUUCGACAAGCUGGAAGGCAUAGAAAUGAGAUAUGGAUGAUUCAUCACCACUACUGCUGGGUUUGAUUUAGAUUGUGUUCAGCUAGGGGCAUGGGGCAUGGAGAGAGAGAGAGAGAGCGUAAGGCUGUUAAUUCGCGAGUCUAUCCGUCGGCUGAUCCGCUUUGACCCCGACCCGAUGAGAAAAAAUGGGCCACACACACUCUGGAUCGACCCGCUACAAGGUGACUGGUUUGGAGAUCACACGGUGUCAUUUUUCACUUUAGUUUGCGAAAUGCACCUAUUUCCGGUUUUCCUAUUCGCUUAACCCUAUUUUCCUAAGUAAAACAUUUGAAUAUUGAUGUAAUAUAAUAUAAGUGUGUUUGAAUUUUUACUAUUAUGUUGUAUCCAAGUACUAACUAUUAUUUUGGUUUAAUAUCAUAUGUUCUUACUCAUAUUUUUUAUGAGAUUUGAUAUCAUUCAUAAAUGUAUGAAGAACAUAAUAACUUUUUCAUAUAUCAUCUAAACAAAAUUAAAACGAUUGGACUAUUAGGUUGACAACCUUAGAGAGAGAGCAAUUACUAGCAUGUUUCUUUAUUUCAGGGUCAUUGGUUGGACUUGGCUCUUCUGUGUCUUGACCUUACCAGGUGGAGACUGUGAUGCUGUCAAUGUCCCCCAACCAUAACUCUCCAUGUGGAAUUAGGGCCCCAAUUUUCUUUGACAGUGCUCAAUUCAGUUUUGUGUUUGGUUGGUCAUGAAUGCCGCAGAGACUUGUGGCUUUUUUGUGCGUGGCCCCCAACUUCCCAACAUAGUAUUUUAUCAAGUGAGUAUACUAGCCAGAUAGAUAGAAACCUACCCAAUGUGUAGCUUCCACUUAACCGGAGUUGAGUUGGAAUGAAUGAAUGCUUGAUGACUUUUGUUUAUUGUGGUUAGGUAACUUUGAUUACUGACAAAUUCAGUAACUUGAUUGUCAAUGAAUUUGCUAGUGAAAGUGUAAUAACUAACAUGAAAGCAAGCCAGCUUCGCCCAUGGUUGAAACCGCCACCAGAGCAGAGAUAUGAAGAUUCAGGGGGUUUGUUGGUUUGUAAGUAUUUCAGUUUUACGCAAAUGAAUAUGAAAAACAAUUCCUAUUUUUCUUGUUUGGCUUUAAGAUCGACGUUGAUCGCCGCCAUUAAUAACGGACCGGUUGUGGACUUUUUAGCUUUAUUCCAUUCAUCCCUUAUCCCGCCGAAGAGUCCAAUUCCAAACCAGCCAGGCCGCCAAUUCAUCGACAGCGAGACGACCGGCGAUGUCAUUCACAGAAGCGGAAACCCGCGGCGGGGAUUCAACCAAGGCCCAACACAAAGAAACGCUUCUGGGCCCCCACCAUGUGCGGGAUACUUUAUCCCGCUCGACCACGACACCCUUGUGGGCUCUGGAAUAUUGAUUCGUCCGAUUCCCGUAUCCAGCUGGACCACAGUUGGCCCACUAUCUUUUCCUUCACGUGACGGCCCAGUCCAGGCCCAAAUCUCGGAAUCCGCUCCCGGCCCCUCAACUGCCCCCAGCUGUUUUCUGUUUCACGCAUCGCCUAGCUGAGGUUGUUGAUGUUUCCGUAAUAUAGAUAAUAAUAGGAGAAGUUUGACAGGGGUAACUGCGGAAUGAAUCAGGUCAGUAAUCUUAUGGUGGAUAAUCAUGAGUAACCUGUCCAUAUUGGAAUGUCAUCAUCAUCUCUUUUUCUUGAAAGGUUUUAAUUUUUCCCUUUUUAAUUUUUGACGGACGAUUUCUCACUCGUUUUAAGUCAAAAUUUAAUUUUUUUUGCAUAGUUAGAUCAUAUUAAUUGUGUUCUUCAAAAUGAUAUCCAAUUUGAUAUAUUUUUCGAACAAAAAAAAAUUGAGCCAUUUUUUACCAGUCUAUACCAUAUGGUAUUGACUGGUAUUGAUAUAAGAGCAUACCUCUGGUUUGAAAAGCGUACCAUGGUGGUAUGAUCAAACCAAGACUGUAGGAUGGUUGAAUACAUGAUAGUAUAAGUAUAUUAAUUGUCAUUAACGACUUUUAACAUUGUGUACCACAAGGUACCACCCCGUACCAGGGUGGUAUUGUAUGGUAUUGUGUGGUAUUUUUUGGUCCUAUAAUUUGUUCACCCAGAGAUUUGUAGAUUCAAUAGAUCAUGAUGAACUCGUCCCUUCUAUGCAAACGUUUUCAAAAACGAAGAAGAUACCAUAUGGUAUGCAGUUGGUACCGAGAGACCAGAAUUUUUUUUCUCACAAAAUAUUGAAAAUUGAUGUCAUUUUGUAGAGCACGAUGAACUCGUUCCAUCUGUGAAAAAACAAAUUUAAAAUCCGAGUUAAACGAAAAAAGAUAUGAGUCGAUUAAGAAAGCUAGGGAAAAUAAAAAUGACCUUUAAUUCUCCAUCCUUAGAUCUGGAUUUUCUAAAUGAAGGGUCCAAACUCCAGAUUUGGUUGAGCCAUAAUGACCAUAAUCACAAAUCACUAAAUCAGCACAUACGUGAAGUAAGGGCCAGGACGUUCGUCUGUCGCCGGCGACGCCUGGGCAGGACGUCGCGCUCGCUGUCGGCGGUUCAAACGGUUGACGUUCGUCCGUCGCCGACAACGCCUGGGCAGGACAUCGCGCUCGCCGGCGGCGGUUCAAACGGCUGUCAACGAUCAUUUUUUUAUUUUUAUUUUUCGUUUAAUUUAAUUUAGGUUAAUUAUCUGUUCUAAUUAUUAUAAUUUAUUGUAGGUUAAUUAUCUACUUUAAAUUAAUUUAAAAAAUUACUUUAAUUAUCUCCUUUAAUUAUGUAGGUUAAUUAUAUGCUUUAAUUAUUUUGAUUUAAUGUAAGUUAAUUAUCUGCUUUAAUUAAUUUAAAAAGUUACUUUAAUUAUCUCCUUUAAUUAUGUAGGUUAAUUAUAUGCUUUAGUUAUUAUUAUUUAAUGUAGGUUAAUUACUCUAAUUAUCUGCUUUAAAUUAUGUAGGUUUAUUAUCUGCUUUAAAUAUGUUAAUAUUUAAUAUAUACGAAAAUUAUGUCGGUUAAUGUUUUCAUUUAAUUGAAAUUAUGUAGGAAAGGUAAAUUUUAAUUGAUAAAUACAAGAAAUUUUAAUAAUUUAAAUAUAGAAUUUUAUUUCAUGAAAAGUAUUAAUUGUUGUACGAAACUUAAAUUGCAAUUGACAAUUUAAGCAAGAAAAUUAAGUUAGAAUUUAUCGUGAAAUAGAUUACAAUUUCGAAC